AUGGCGGAUAGUUUCACUGCAGACACAGCAGCCCCGAAAGAUGCUUGCCCUGAUUUAGCGGCUGUGCAUUGCAUUAUGAGGUGCUGGAAAGAGUCUCCAACAGAACUUGCCUGUCCUCAGUGCAAGGAGAUAGUUUCUCAAGAGAGCUUCAGCCAAAACCAGCAACUGGACGAUGUGAUUAGAUUACUCAAGCAACUAAGAGGUCAGGCAGAAGGAGAGACCAAAUGUCAGCAACAUCAGGAACAUUUGGAGCUCUUCUGUAAGAAUGACCAGGUCUUUAUCUGUUCAGUUUGUCAUGGAUCUGAGGAGCAUCAAGCUCACACAGUUAUCCCUGCAGAGAGAGCUGCUCUGGAAUACAAGGAGCAAAUAGAAAUAGACAAAGACCUUGUGAAAGCUGAUUUUGAGGAACUGCACCAGUUUCUUGAGGAGCAUGAGAACAUUCUGCUCACUAGGAUGGAGGAAGUGGAAGAGAAGAUUAUGUGGGAGAAAAAUGAGCAUAUUGACCGGCUCUCCAAGGAGCUCUGCUCCCUUGAGACCAUUAUUUGGGAAAUGCAGGAGAAGUGUAAGCAACCAAUAAAUGAACUCCUACAGGAUACUGGAAGCACCUUGAAGAAAUUCUUGACAAAAGACACAUUUGGUGGCCCAGUGACGAUUCCAGCAGCACUGAAAUGGGAACUCUGGGACCUGUGUGAUUUAAAUGCUAUUUUGCAGAAUGCUGUGAAGCAAUUUAAAGCCCAAGUGACUUUGGAUCCAGACACAGCUCACCCCAGACUUGCUCUGUCUGAGGAUUGGAAGAGUAUGAUCCUGGGAAACAAGCCUAGGAUUAAGCUCCAUUGCUGUCAAAGAUUUGACCAAUGUCUUUUUGUGCUAGGGCAUGAGAAAUUCAAGGCAGGCAGGUAUUACUGGGAAGUCACUGUAGGGAAUGAGGAUGGCUGGGGCCUGGGGGUUGCCAGGGCCUCUGUGAGGCGCAAAGGCGUUGUCUCCAUAGAUCCUGCAGAAGGAAUCUGGGCAAUGGCAAAGUGGGGAGACCACUGUGCAAUUCUUCUCCCUCCUAAUUUCCCCAUCCUGCCUAUCAGCUGGGAUCUCAAGAGGAUCCGAGUAUCUCUGAAUUAUGCUGGACAGCGGCUGUCCUUUUUUGAUGCAGAUAGAGGGGUUCUGUUGUUUGCCUUCUUGGAGGCUUCAUUUUCUGGAGAAUCCCUCCACCCCUUCUUUUGGCUUCAGGGGAAGGCCCAACUUACUCUCUGUCAUUAA